AUCGCCGGGUCGUCCAUGUCCAGAGCAGCGCCGGGAGAUCUCGACGUCAUCGUUAUUGCAACCCCGCUAGCUGUCCUCGGCUAGACCGAACUCUAUGUUCCUACUAGCCCCGACCGGGUUAGCGCAGCACGGGGUCCAUGACGUUGUCGCAGAAUCCCAUCGCUGCUCUAUUUGACGUUGCACCAUCCACGAGCCUUGAUUUCGUCCGCUCCUGACUCCAUUAGGCUGACACUUUCUGGUCCGACUGGGUCGCGGUGGAUCAUCGUAGGAGUUAAUGCGACCGUCUUUUUCUUUGGCGGUUUGCGGUGAACUGCAUCACUAGGGCCCAGAGCUCCUUAUCCAACGUUGCGAAGGCCUAAGGGACACUAGGCACAUCCGACUGCCCGAAACUCAGGGCUAAAGAAGCCGACUGCUCUGUUCUUUGGCCCGAUCUGCAAGAUGGCUACCUGGGCAUACCCUCCCCUGCCUCCGGAGCGAUUGGAGCAGGAAGCCGACAGCGCAUUGGCGAAAGAGCUGGAAUGGCUACUGCGCAAUUUGCAAGACUCGCUAGCAUCCUUGAGGGAAGGUCUCCAUGAAUGUGAAGCGCUUUUGGCUCCCAAGGAGCCUGGUAGCACAUUGGUCCUAUCGUCUCUGCGAUCCGAGAAUGUAAAAGGGUUCGUCACAAGAGUUGGUACCAAAAUUGUGAAAGGCGAUAUCCAGCUACGCCUUAGCUCCCUUGCAUCGGUGCGUGGCUCGCCCACAACUCGAUUGUGCCUGUCAACCGGCCCAGAUGCUCCAGAGCUCAUGUUAAACCAACUGGCCUCGGUGAGAAACUUGGUCAGUCAGAGCCUCGAUGUUGUGGACGUUAGCACAUGGACCGGGGACCCGCUCAAUGCGAGUUUUAUAUUCGGUCAAUUACACCUUUUGCAUGAGACCAUCUCCGAGGCUCGGCAAAUGCUGAAGGGCGAGAGUGAUAAAGUCAGAGGCAAAUGGUGGGAAACUAGUGCAGCUGAGGAGAUGUUCGAUCCUCCCCUUCCCUCAUCACUUUCAUUCCACCUCUCGAUUGCAGAUUCAGCUCUCGUGCUGUAUCUGAGGACCCUCGAGCCCAUUACCCCCAAUCACACUCCAACUGCCUUUGCGACUGAUAUCUCGUUGACCGGGUUCAAUUUGCGGGAUCGGAUCUUCGGUACUCGCCAUCGCCCGCAUGACGAGGCUGGUGAUGUUUUUACCUGGAAAGGCGAAGAGGUCAAAGUGAAGGAGAAGGUGCGAGUGGAGAGCCAGGACCCCAGCCUGAUGGCCGUCAUGGCUAAACUGACUGCCUUACAACAUGAGGUGAUGAAGUGGAUCUCAGCCUUGAAGGUUCUGAUGGGCAGUGAGGAUUCAGAGAGUGAUACCCAGUCUUAGAUAAUUGUGCAUAGAAUCAGUUUACUUGUAAAUGGAUACUAAUCGAUUUGUG